AUGAGUCUCUCCGAGGAGCCUAAGGUAGAGGAUGGAGCGAUGGGCCUUGAAAUUGAGAGACUCUGGAACCCCUGCAUCUCAGCAAACAUCCCUGUAUUUGAAGGUGGAAAUGUUCAGACUGCCAGGGUCAAGCUGGACAGACCAGGGUCACCAGUGCCCAGCUGUAUGUCUAUGAAGAGUGACUUUUCAAUGGAUCAACCAAUACACUUCAGAGCUGGAGACUUCAAUCCUGACCACAGGGUCCAGCUGCAGAGACCAGAGUCACCAGUGCCCAGCUGUGUGUCCAUAAAGAGUGACUUUUCAAUGGAUCAACCAAUACACUUCAGAGCUGAAGACUUCAAUCCUGACCCCAGAUCUGCUGGGCAUGAAAACAUGUCCUGUGAUUUCUGCAUUGAGAUGAAGAUCAGAGCUGUGAAACACUGUGUCACCUGCACUGCCUCCUACUGUGAGACACACAUCCGACAGCACUACUCAGUCCCAGCCCUGAUGAAACACAGACUGGUGGACAUCAGUGGAGACCAGCAGCCAAGUUUGUGCCAGCAGCACCACGGAGCUCUGGAGCUGUUCUGUAAGACUGAUCAGACUCACAUCUGCAGUCUGUGUUCAGUGGGGGAACACAGAGGCCAUGACACCAUCUUUAUGUCAGAGCAGGUAAUGACACAGGGUGUGAGGAGGGCUGUGACAGGUGAACCUGAGGAUUUCUGCACAGGAGGAUUCAGGGAGACUGUCCAAACAGGUUAG